UCCGCCUCCCCACAAGCCUUUGCGCGCCCGUGGCGGAGAUGGCGGCGCUGAGCAGCGGCAGCGCGCCAUGGCGGCGGGGCUGGCUGCCCUCCCUGCAGCUCGUCCGCCGCGGUUCCAAGGCGGUCACCCGGCACUGGAAAGCCAUGCACUUCCAGCGCCAAAAACUGAUGGCCGUGACCGAGUACCUGGCCCCGCGGCCGGCCGUCCCGCCGCGCUGCCUGGCCCCCAGGGAGAAAGCGCCCGAGGAGGACAACGGUUACGUCCGGCUGUUACGGCGGCAGGUGAAGGAGGUGUUCCGGGACAAUCGGAUGAUCGCCGUGUGUCAGUACAACUCCAUGCCCGAUGAAGACAUGGUGUUGAUGAGGCACUACCUCCGGAAGCACAACAUCCAGGUCAAGUUCGUCCUGAACGAGAUUGUCAGACCCGUGCUGUCCCAGUCCAAGUACAAGAAUCUCCUCCCUCUCUUUGUGGCACGCAAUAUCCUGCUGGUGAGCCCGGAGGCGAAGGCAAAGGAGAUGCUGCGGGUGCUGAAGGGAGUGCCGCAGGUCAACCUCCUGGGCGCUUGCAUCGACGACACCAUCCUGAGCAGGCAGGGCGUGGAGAAUUUCGCCAAGCUGCCCUCACUGGAGGCCACCCAGGGCCAAACGGUGGGUGCCCUGGCCCUCCUGCCUUCCCAGACAUCCUCCCUGCUCCAGCGCGGCUCCGCUCACCUCACGGCUCUCCUGGACCAGCACAUCUGCCAGCUGCAGGCUGGCGAGCCGGGGAGCCCAGCCGAGCCCACCGCUGCCCAAAACUCGGGGGCACAGUGACGCUGGCCCCCGCACCCCGUGUGUUGGCUGGGAAUUGGCUCCUUUACCGGCCGCGGUCAGAGAAGGGGCGGGUCAGGGAUCGAAGGUGUGCAGCCAGCGGCAGGACUGAGGGUCCUGCGGCAUCACCGGCCCCUUUGGGGAGCCCCGGCCCUUCCCUUUGCUCCCCGCUACCCGCACCCCUGGCACUUGGGGACGUCCCAGCUGCGUUUUAGGCCCCGUGGUCGGCUGGGAUCGAGCGGAGGAGGCCGAGUGCGGCGGCGUGGGAGGAUGUCGGGUGCUCUGAGCCCCCUCACCCUCCAGAAUGGGGGGGCAGCGAGGGGGAUCCCGGCUCACCAUCCUGUCCAUUAAAGUGUGGUGGUGGAGA